GCCAGGGGCCAAAUGAAUGCCCUGAUGGCCGAGUACAGCAGCUUGCUGGAGGAGCUGGCGGAGAACAUCACGCUGGAAGACCUGGACCAGCUGAAGUCGGCCUGCAAGGAGGACAUCCCCAGCGAGAAGCACGAGGAGAUCGCCACCAGCAAGGACUGGCUCGGCUUCCUUGAGAAGCACAAGAAGCUGGACAGAGACAACCUCUCCUACAUUGAGCACAUCUUCCGAUCUCCCUUGGCGGACCUGCUCACCAUGGUGGUGCCGACGCAGGUCCUGAAGAUCUCCUCCCGAGGGAGGGCCGAGGUGGACUCCAAGCUGACCCGCAUCCCCAGCGCCAAGAAGUACAAAGACAUCAUCCGGCAGCCCUCCGAAGAAGAGAUCAUCAAAUUGGCCCCCCCACCCAAAAAAGCUUAAGGGGGGAGGAGAAGGAGAAGAGCGCAACUCUCCGGGGAGGGGUCCAGCCUCUGCGCCCCCCCCCCCUCGCAUUCAACCUGCUGUGCCUCUUCUCCUCCGAUGGAUGCGUUCCUUCCCAUUGUCUGUGCUGGCCCACGGGUGGGGGUGGGGUGGGGUGGGGUGGGAGCCUUGGCCACUAGCAAACUGGACCCUCCCCCCGCAAGCCCCCCUCCCCCUGGUUUCCUACCCCCUCCCUGGUACUGAGAAUUCAGUGCACCUGCUGGGGGGGCGCAGAAGGGCUUUGGCCUGACAAGGGCUGAUCUUGUCCUGGCUGCUCUGCUGCUCCCUGCCCCUUGCCCCCCCCCCCGAAGGAGUUGACCCCCAAAUCCAGCAUCCGUGGGGCGCAAGUUGGAGGGACGGGAGAAGGUGCUUAGGUGGAGCUGAGCGCAGAGCUGGGAGGGGCCAGGGACCACUUUGCAGGGAGGGCGCGUCUGAGGGCCAGCACAGGAAUCCCUCCCCUGGCGCCCCCCUGGCCAGGUUGCAGGAGGAUGCAGCUCCCCCAGGGGCCUGGGCUGGGAGGUCCCGUGUAGCCACGCUGUGGGGCAGGUGGUCUUGCUGCCAGCUGGGCAGGAGUGUCGUGGUCGGGGCCAGGAGUGUUUCAGUGUGGCUGCUUUGGGGACAGAGGGCUGGGGAGGGGGGUCUUUCGGGGUCUCCCUCCUGCUGUAGGUGCUGAAGUGGCCGGCAAGGUGUGGGCAGCCCUUCAUGUGUCCUGGAGAUGCCGGCUGCCAGCCGCUCUGGCCCUCCUGUGAAUCCAGCCGAACCAGCGGCACUGAGGGCCAGAACAGGGGGGGGCAAGCACAGAGGGGUCAUUUGGCCAAGGAUUUGAUUCUUGAUCAAAGGGGGGGGGACUUAUUGCAGCAGUGGGGAGGUGAGGGGUCUGGGGGGGUGAGAUAGGGCAGGUAAGUACAUGUGACGGACAAGCGGAAUGUCUGGUUUGGGGCUCUCCUCCUUUCCUCCCCCCCUCCUGCCAGUGGGCUUCAGGUGGGGGGGCAUGAUCCAUACACACACACACACACACCCCAUCACCCCGGUGCCUUUCCUUGGUGUCGGUUGCGCUCCGCUGCCGCUGCUCCUUCAACUGCUCCGCUGGUGCCUCCUCGCCCCACCCCGCCCCCCGCAGCCGACGGCUUGAAAGGGGGAGGCGUUCUUCACCCCCCUUGGAGGCGCUGAAGGCUGGUCACCCUGGGGAUCUGUGGGGCUGAGCGGGGGAGGCUGCCCCCUGCACCCCCAAGUGUCGCUCCCCCCCACGCUGCUCCUUCCUUGGUGCCCCUCCCCUUUUGUAUGCACUAAAAGGUGAUGGGGGGGCGACGGUUCGCCUCUCAAGGAAGCCUUCUGCGCCAGCCUCUGCCCACUGGGCCACACUGCCCUACCGAGGGGGCUGCAAAGACCCUACUCUGCGUGUGUCGACUUGUAUUUAAUUCACUGCACAUUACGGUUUGUGAGCCAGGACGCCCGCCCCCUGCCCCCGCCCCCCUUCAACCGGUUUUGUGUGUCUGGUUUUGCCCAGCAAGGGCUGGGCCAGCACAGAACCCCUUCAGCGUGCAAAGCCCCCACCCCCACCCCCCCGUCUUGACCCUGCAUUUAUUCCACUGGGCUGGAAGGACCAACAGGGGGUGGGGGUGUCCUCUGCCUCCUGCCCCCCCCCCAUGGGACCAAUGGGCCGUGCUGCAGGGCUGCUGGCAGGCCACGACUGUUCAGAGGUCUGGAGAGCUGGCAGAAGUGGCGGGGCCAGGAGCACAAGGCCCCCCCCCCCCCCGAGCCCUCUCCUGGCCCUGGGGCUAAAGAGCCCCUCUAUUGCACUCCUCCAUCAACACUCCCCCCCACACCCGUGGCCUUCCGACCACGUGCAGACAGUCUGGGGUUUGGACUCCCGACGCCAAGCUGGCAAAAUCUCUGCCUUUGCCCCUCCCCUCCAGCAGCACAGCCCCCCUUCCCCCCUCGAGCCAACCUGCCCUGCGCACCCACCUCUCUCUUCUGGAAGCAGAGAUCCCUGGCCCCUUGGCAACCCCCGGAGCUGGAGGCACAAGCCAGCUCCGAGGAUCAGCUUCGUUUUGGAGGAAGGGCCCAGUGGCGCCUGGCGUGGAGGCACACGGAAGUGCUGCGUGCCACGGGGGCACCCUCUCCCUGCCAGACCAACCUCUGCCCGCAAGCAGGAGGAGCAUUUGGCCCCAGGGUUGCCAGCAGCCCCCCCUUGCACACCCCAUGGAACGCCCCCUCCGCCCCGCUUGGCAUGACCCUUGGCCUCGGUUGAGCCCCACCGUCUUCGGACACACACACACACCUCUCCCCUGGGGGCGGGGGGCAGCCUGUAAGAGCCAGGGGCUCACCCUGGACCCAUUCCAAGCCUGGGCUGCCUUCAUCGCCCCCCUCCCUAGACAAGGUCCCUCCCCCACAAGAGGACUUGGGGGCCCCGUUGACGUCAGGGCCCAGGAACCCUCUCCGGUGGGCCAGCUGCUUCUGCCAGUUCUCGAGACCCCCCCCCCGCGCCCCCCAGUCCCCUGAUGCUCAGACCGUGCUAACUGUGUGUACAUAUAUAUAUUUUAAAAUAUAUGUAUAUUAAAUAUAAUAUUGAGCGUUUUCCUUACUGUUGAUUUAGUGUUAACUUAUUCUUUUUUUUUUGUCAAGUGGACCAAAAUAAAAACAGAGGGGGUGGGGUGGGGUGGUGUUUUUUCCAAUACAGCACAGUCUUGCUUAAAGAAAUAUUUCGAAAGAAAGCCGUUGGCUUCAGCGGCCACCUGGGGGUGAGGUCUGGUCGCCCACCGGCCCCGGAGAAAUGGCAAGGGGUCUCCCUCGCAGGGCUGGGGUGAGGGAGACAGGAGCUGCGUGGCACCGGUCUGGAAAGGCAGCGUCAGGGCUUGGCCUGCGCCCGUCAACAGGGUUGGUGCUACCAAAUGCAGCAGCCAGAAACAGGAAGUGAUGUCACAGCUGCUUCUCAGCGCCAGCCCUUGCCUCUAGAGCAGGGGUCUGCAACCUGCGGCUCUCCAGAUGUUCAUGGACUACAAUUCCCAUCAGCCCCUGCCACCCCAAUUGGCCAUGCUGGCAGGGGCUGAUGGGAAUAGUUACCAUGAUCAUCUGGAGAGCCGCAGGUUGCAGACCCCUGCUCUAGAGAAACACCCAGCCACAGGACAGGGGAGGCCUUCCCUCAGGCCACGCUCCGCAGAAGCCACGAGACGGCAGCUGCCUUAGCCACCGUGACCCCCUCCCACCCCCUGCAAAACGAGGGGCCCCGGUGGAGCCCCCCCACACACACACCAUUUUCAAUAGCUAAUUUCGUACUAGAUUUUGAAAAUAUUUCUUUAAUAAAAACUGGUUGUAGCUUGAGGGAUUUUUUAAGUUGUGGGAAAAGUUCCGACUGACUCGUGCUUUGCUUAUUCUUUGUCCCCCCGGUUUCUCUUUGACGUGUAAAGAAAGUUGUUGUGCUAAUAAUGGAAAUAAAAAUCGAAAUUAUUGUCUCUA